AUGUCUCUCCGUUCUCGCAAACGCGCUCGCACGGAUCCCGACACUGUUUCGCUUGCGGGAGACUGUGGCUCGAGGCCUGAGGUCAGCUUCACGAAAGAUGACAAGUUCUGGUAUUUGGACGGGAAUAUCAUUCUACUCGCACAAAACAUUGGAUUCAAAGUGUACAAAGGGCUUCUUGCGGAGCAAUCGGAAGUGUUCCGCGACCUGUUCACGCUUCCUCAGCCAUCUGAGGCACAAUCGGUUGAAGACUGCCCCACGGUGCAUCUGUCUGACACGGCACAGGAUCUACGGGCCCUACUGUCUGUCAUGAUACAUGGUCGAAAAUACGCCAGCGUUGAUGAAGCUCAGUUCGAAGACAUCGCGGCCUGGGUGCGUAUGAGCCACAAAUACAACAUCCAAGAUUUACUCGUCGACGCGAUGAAGCGGCUGAAGCAAUACUUUCCGGACAAAUUCGCGGACUUCAAGGACGAUCCCCACGCUGUACAGCGGCAACACGCCAUCGUGGCCGUCAACCUCGCUCGUCUCACCGACACUGCUACUAUGGUACCCCCAGCAUUGUACUACUGCUGCACGCUCGAUAGUCGGACUCUUCUCCGCGGAUCCGCACGCUCAGACGGGACUGUCGACUGCCUGGCCCCAGAGGAUUUGGAGCGGUGCAUCCAGGGCAAGGCAGAACUCGCUGGCCAGGCGGCUCUGUGCCUCUCGAGAAUAUGUCGUCCAACAGUCAGCAGCCGCUGUGCGACACCAACAGCCUGUGGGGUGACGAUGAUUCGCCUUCACGACAUACUUGCAAUUGGGGCACAGUGCGUUGGCUCCACUGAUGCACUCUUGACGUGGCGAAGGGACAUCGAGCGAGAGCUGCGAGAUCACCUUGAACUGUCGUGUAUCUGCAGGGCGUGCCGUGACAUGAUGCUCGAAAGAGACGUCGCCGAGCGCGAACGAGUUUGGCAGGAGCUACCGUCUCUGUUCGAACUGGCUGUGGACAAUUGGGAGAGAACGGCCUGUCAUUGAUUGUCAAGAAGCGCAACGUAGGCUCUACAUCUAUCCUGAUUCAAUUUGUACGCCUUCACCUGCAUGUACACAUCCCUAUAUCUUUACGCACCGUUAUGUCCAAUCUCAAAAUAAG